AUGUCUCAAUUGGGAGACUCAACGUCAAUGCUUCCGUUCAUCGCCAUAGGGCAUCAAGCACACCGUUAUAGAACGGCAACCGGCUGGCAUGACUUGAUGAGCAGCCAAGUCAAGCACAGUAAUCCUUGUCCUCCGCCCGUCCCGUCACGUUCAUGUCAAAGACGUCAGCUCGUCAAGAAGCAGUAUCAUCGACAAUUGACUUUCGUUGGAUCGUCCUCCAUCAGCCGACAACUGAGCAACUCUGAAGUUGUCAACGACCCAGAUGCCCGGAAUACACAAACUCUAUUGAGCCCGCAAAUGAUCCCGACCUCUUCUUAUCGACUUUCGACCAUUGCAUAUAGGCGGUGUGGAGCGGCCCUGUCUGUUGUUGCCAAACAGCCCCAACAGACCAGAGACUCGGGUCAGCAUUGCCGUGACAGCGAUUGCACUCAGCCUCCAAUCCAGACAUAUGGGGCUCGCUGGAAAAACAAAGAAUCCAUGGAGCAUCCAGAAACAGGCACUCGCAUUACCGAGCCCCGUCCGCAACGCAGCAGGCUAUUCAGCGGAGCAGCUGUAUCAAAGCAGGAAGAGAACCCGCUUCGCAAGACGAUGAAGCGCCGUUGUGCCCACUGCUCUAUGCGUCUGAAGCGAGCUGCGCAUGCUGCCCCUCUCAGGCGUACCCCUGCCACCGCCCACAUGGAUUCCCAGGAAGCAGAAAAUAGCAACCGUCGUCGGGACACUUCCUCUUCCGGUUAUGUUCGAGAGGCUGAUCACCUGCCGAGUCAAGAUGAUGCCGCUGACGCAAGCAUGGAAAGGAGAGAGCGCGAGGGGUACUGCAAGAAUGACUCCUGUUAUAUUUCAGAAUUAUCUGCCACAGAAGGCGGGGGGAUAUUGUCUGUCACCCAUUCCGUUGAAUCCGGUCCCAAAAUUCAAAGUAAAGCCAAAAUCAUUGAUUGA